CAGAGUUUCCACUAUUCAUCCUCCCCAUUACACACCUUGCUCAGGAAGUCGUCAGGAAGGGUCCACUGCUCUAUAUAAGCUUGGUAAAGUGAGCCUUGGAUUAUCUUAAACAUCUUCAUCACCCAAAGGAAAGGAUCAAGGAAAGGAGCAACAAUGAAAAUCUAUGUUGCAGCCAUUCUUACAAUUUCUCUUCUUGAGCUCUUCCACAUCCACGUGGCUGAAGGAAGUGUGGGCUAUCAAAUUCGGCCUGACAGCUCCUGUAUAGACUUGGCUUCAAAAGUAAUAAACAUCAGAACAAUUUCUCAUUAUGAACAGCAAGAAAGGCCUCUCAAAGCUGUGAUAUUUGUCAUUAAGAAUGGUGUCAGGAUCUGCGUGCCACAUGAUCUCCCAUGGGUGCAGAGCCACAUCCAGAAGCUGAACAAAAAGAAAAAGCCCAGACAAAGAAUCCAAAACAGAACCAGAACUACACUGAGACCUAAAGCCACAGCCAGCUAAACUUCAGCAUGUCAAACCACCAAUAGCUGCUCCUAAUUUCAGCUAAUUUUCUGUUGGAAAUAAACAGUUUCUGAACCAAUGUAGUUUCACUGGAAUCCAUUCAUCAAUUAAGGCAGAGUUGAUUGAAUUAUGCUUUUAGUGCUUCCCUUACUCUUCCUUGUUUGAGGUUUUCUUUAUUAAUAUUUAUUAUAAGAAGCCUUUAUUUUUCAAUUGAAGCUAUUUUAACUGUUUUGGGAGUAUUUAUUAUGAGUUCCCUUUAGACUUAUCAUGUUUUUAUUAUUGUCUCCGGGAUAUUGCAUCCAAGCAAAUUAAUCUGGGAUGUUCUAUUAUUGUAUAUAAUGCACUGUUCUACUGUUAGAUUUGCUAUGGGCUGCCUGUGGUUAAGAUAGCUGUUAGGAAUAUAUGUUCCUAUAAGCCUUAUUCUUUGGAGGACGAGUGUCCCGGAAACCACAAAAAUUGGGCAUUUUAGUCAGAGAUUGAUAAGAUAAGGCCCAAGUAUAUUGUGACUACACAAUUGCUAAAGAUGUAGAACAAACAUAUUUUGAUCUGGAAUAUAUGCUCAAUCUGUAAUAAAUGUAUAGUAGAUUUCCACACACACCCCGUCCCCAAAUAUUGUUCCUUCAAAAAUCCACCACUCAGAUCCACUGUCUAGCUCCAUGUUAAUAGCCCCAUGUCUAUAUGAAGAUCAUUGCUCUUCAUCCAGAGUUCUAGUUCUCAAAAUAGUUUAGGCAUUAGUUUACUGAAUUAUUUCAAUAAAUGUAACUGUGGGGGCUUUUGUUGGUGGUGGUUCUAGUACAAAUAUGUGAGGAAAUACCUUAAGUGGAGAGAUGCAGUGUCCAGAAAGAAAUUGGAGCAAGCAUUGCUGUCUAAAGACAGGUCUGUUGGUACUAUGGGUGGGUAUGUUAUCUGGAUGUCUAAAAUAAGCUCAAGGUCUUUCUCCACUCAGUGUUUUGUGGAAGACCACUAGGAAGGUCUCAUGAAUGUUUAUAUAAUCCUGUUUCUUGUUGGCAUGCACUGUUUUUCUGAAAUGUAUAUUAUUAUUAUUUUAUAAAUGUUUUGGGGUUGCUUAAGUUAGCAUUGCUUAAGUUAGCAUCUUUAGAAAACCGAUUAACUGACUUCUUUAACUGCCUCAUUAGCCGAUUACAGUAACUGUUACAUUAAUGUAAUACAUAUGAUACAGUGACAAUAUCUAAUGAAGAUAGCAGGUUCCUUUUGGCCAAGCAUAACUAAAAAUCAUGCAUUGUCUGGAAGAUCAUAUUAAAUGUCUUGGCCAAAUGAAGAUAUGUACUUAUAUUGAAUAUAAUUUAAAGAGAUUAAUGUGAAUCUCAUUUUUAAAAUUCAACUGUUGGUUUUACAACACUUGAGACAAAAUUACUUUUACUAUGCUUUGACCUUGCAUUUAAUAAAUCCAACAUUUUGCAUGUA